AUGAAAUCAUACAAGUCUUCAUCUAUUACAGAUGAAAAUGAACUAAACCAACAUCUAAAGUCAAAGAAAAUGGCUCGUAAAAGUACUGGAGAAUUCACCAAUACUACUACCAAUUCAUCAAGUCAUUUAGUAUCGCAUAGAGAAGUAUUAUCAGAUGUUACUACUCAAGAAAAUAAACAUUCUCAUAGAGCAAAACAUUCACAAUCAAAUCACCAUGUUUCCCAUCGUCAUACAACCAGUUCUUCCAGUGUCACUAAAAUACAAAUAUAUCAACAACAAGAUACUAAUAUCCAUCAAUUUAAAAGACCAAGAUUGGAAAAAGUUUUGUUGAAGAAUGAAAAUCGGGAUGAGGAAGCAACAGAUGAUGAAUUUGAUCAUGAUGAAGAAUACGACAAGGAAAACAGAUACGUUGAUUUGGAAUUGAAUGAUGAUGAUAGUAAAAACCAACUAAUAAGUGAUGCCUUUGAAACAAUUGAUGACAAAGGAAUAAGUGAGGCAGGUGAUGAAUUUGAUGCACAAGAUGAAAUUGAUCAAUUCCCUGAGGGUGUAGAUACCAAUCCGGAGUACGAUCAUCUUUAUCAUCGUCACCAAGAAGAACAUGAGGAAGACGAAGAAGAAGAAGAGCAACGUUACCAACCUCAAGAGGAAUUACAACACAUUCCUAUGAAACCAAUAUGGAGCAACUCUUGUGUCAAUGAAGUCAAAUACGUUAUUCAAAAGUAUUCGCGUACUACAUUGGAUGAAGAUGAUGAAGAUACUUAUGAUGCAACCAUGGUUGCUGAAUAUGCUCCUGAAAUUUUUAAUUAUUUGCAUGAAUUGGAACAUAAAUACACUCCUGAUGGGUAUUAUAUGGAUCACCAAUCAGAAUUGAAAUGGGAAAUGAGAUCUGUAUUAAUGGACUGGGUGGUUCAAGUGCAUUCACGUUUUAAUUUACUUCCAGAAACUUUAUUCCUUACUGUGAAUUACAUUGAUCGAUUCUUAUCGAAAAGACAAGUAUCAUUGACUCGAUUUCAAUUGGUUGGUGCAGUGGCAUUGUUCAUUGCUGCUAAAUAUGAAGAAAUCAAUUGUCCAACAGUACAAGAAAUUUCUUAUAUGGCAGACAAUGCGUAUCCAAUAGAUGAUUUAUUAAAGGCUGAAAGAUUUAUGAUUGAUGUGUUGGAUUUCGACAUGGGCUGGCCCGGUCCAAUGUCAUUCUUGAGAAGAAUAUCUAAAGCCGAUAAUUAUGAUUAUGAAACACGUACAUUAGCCAAAUAUUUCCUUGAAAUCACAAUAAUGGAUUCUCGAUUUGUUGCAUCGCCUCCUAGUUGGCUUGCAGCUGGUUCCCAUUAUUUGUCUCGAAAAUUACUUGGAAGAGGUGAUUGGACAGAAUUGCAUGUGUUUUAUAGUGGGUUCACAGAAAGACAAGUACGUCCAUUGGCAGAAGUAUUAUUGGAAAAUUGUCGAUAUGCAGAAAGAAACCAUAAAGCCAUAUUUGACAAGUAUAAAGAAAGAAGGUAUAGAAAAAGUGCAUUAUUUGUUCAGGAUUAUUUUAAUUCCUUGAUGUCUCCAUGA